CCGCUUCUUCCCUUCAGCACUUCAACGGCACCAGCACUCAUCCUUCUAAAGCAACUCAUCCUCCCACAGGACUUCAUCCUCUAGCCGGGCAUCAUCUCAACUUUCCCUCUCUCAGUGAAAUGGCCAGUGACAGUUUGAUGAUCCUCGAUUCCAUCCUGAGUAGCAGUGGUUUCACGUACUCCGAGAGGUUAAAAUCACGCUAUACCAAGUGGAAUAUUCGGGCCUCUGAAAUGUCCAAACGCACUUUCAACCCAAUACGUGCCAUUGUGGAUAACAUGAAGAUCAAGCCAAAUCCUGAGAAAACCAUGAUUACCCUGUCUAUUGGUGAUCCCACUGUGUUUGGGAAUCUUCCCGCGAAUGAAAAGAUUCUGCAGGCCAUGAAGGAAGCAGUGGACUCAGGCAGAUUCAAUGGCUAUGCACCUUCCGUAGGUUAUCAUACUAGCAGAGAUGCAGUGGCUAAUUUCUACAGCUGUCCAGAAUCACCUUUGAAGGCAAAGGAUGUGAUUUUGACCAGUGGCUGCAGUCAAGCCAUUGAACUAGCCAUCAACGUACUGGCCAACCCAGGACAGAACAUUCUCAUCCCCAGGCCUGGAUUCUCUCUCUAUAAAACAUUGGCUGUGUCUCUGGGUAUUGAAGUUAAAUUCUACAAUUUACUGCCAGAACGAUCAUGGGAAAUUGAUCUUCAACAUUUGGAAGCUUUGAUUGAUGAUAAAACUGCCUGCAUCAUUAUGAACAAUCCAUCAAAUCCUUGCGGCUCCGUGUUCAAUAAAUCGCAUCUCCAAAAUAUUCUGACUGUUGCUACAAGAAAUUACCUUCCAAUCAUAGUGGAUGAAAUCUACGGAGAUAUGGUCUUCCCUGAGAGCCAAUUUAUUGGUCUUGGCUCCCUGAGCAGAAGUGUCCCCAUCCUGUCCUGUGGAGGUCUGGCUAAACGUUGGCUUGUACCCGGCUGGAGAAUGGGUUGGAUUCUCAUCCAUGACCGGAAUGAGAUCUUGAGCAGAGAGGUCCGAAAUGGCCUGGUCUGUUUGAGUCAAAGAAUUCUUGGUCCAUGCACAAUAGUACAAGGAGCACUGGAAGAUAUUUUGAAUAAAACAACUCAAGAGUUUUACGAUGACACCAACAACAUCCUGAAGUCCAAUGCUGACCUGUGUUUCGAUGCACUUUCUAUGGUUCCUGGCCUAACACCCAUCAGACCUUGUGGGUCCAUGUACAUGAUGGUUGGGAUUGACAUUGAUGAUUUUCCUGAAUUCAAAAACGACAUUGACUUCACGGAGCGCAUGAUUUCGGAGCAAUCAGUGUUUUGCCUUCCUGCUACGUGCUUCGAGUAUCCAAACUUCUUCCGUGUGGUUACAACUGUGCCUGAGGACCUGAUGUUGGAAGCGUGCAACCGCAUCCGUGAAUUCUGUGAGGUGCAUUUCCAGUCACAAGAACAUUGCAGUGUACCUGAUAUUGAAUGUGAUAAGUAAUCAUGGUAUGGAAUUACUAUUAAAUCUUUGUCUGUUAUUUUAUUCAACCCUAAGAAAUGUUUAAAUUUCUGUACAAAAUUUAAUUUAUUAUUUAUGCAAAGUAAUUCUCAUGAAAUGUAAUUUGCACCAUGGUGGGUCAGUCACCUUGUUUAGAGGUGCUGGUCUCAAGCUGGUGCUUGUUUAGAGCUCAAGACCCUGGUUAUCAGCUGUCACUGGCUUUAACACCAUUCCCAAUGUUUAGGUCCAGAUCUGUUCAAUGCUGACACAAUUAAUAAACUGUCACAUUUACUCUAAUAAUUGUUUCUGAGGAUAAUCUCGAGGGUGAAAAGCUGGAACAAAGAGGAGCAAAUAAUCGGUGUCGUAAUUGGAACAAUGAACAAUUAGCAAUCUCUUCAUAUACAUCAUUAGAUGCACUGAACAAAUAUAGUAUCAUCCUCCUUAAACUUGUUGGUGUGAGACCUCUUAAACACCUCAAUUGUUCCUCUUUAAAACAUUGCAUUUUACAAGCAGCAAUUGGUUUGAGAAAUGACUGGCAUCCUAUUGGGGAACAUUAAAAGGCAAUGAUUCUCAGCAACAGCUAAGAUGCAUCAUUUAUUUCAGUCACAGAGAGUCAUUGAUUACUCGAGGGUGAAAAGCGUUCAAGAUUGGACAGACCUGUAUGUCAUCUAUGACCCGUCUGCUCAUGGACAUGGAUAUAUGUACACAUAUAUAAGGAGCGGGUGUUGGGUUUUCAGCUCAGCGAUUUAACAAGACAAGGCUGACCAAAGUGUAGCCAGAACUCCACCUCUCUUCUCUCCAGAGCAACCAAUCACCCCCAUGGUUAUCAAGAAUCUAACACUAUCUUAAAUUUAUUUAAAGGCUCUAAUAUGAUACAUUAAUGCAUUCUAUUCCCUAAUUCUGAUCUCAUCUGCAGCUUUCCAUGUGAGAACUUAGUUCUGGGCGCCUGUCACCAGAGUGAGUGUAAGCAGAUAUCGGGUAUCAUUAGGGCAGUGGUAGGUGCAUUUGUUACAACGAAGUACAGCAACAAUAUGUACAGCCACAUGCAGUCACUUUCACUUUGACUACUGCAGGAGGGGUUUGACUGUGCUGCAUAAACAUUUUUUACACAGAGAGUGGUGAAUCUCUGGAACCCUGCCACAGAAGGUAGUUGAGGCCAGUUCAUUGGCUAUAUUUAAGAGGGAGUUAGAUAUAGCCCUUGUGGCUAAAGGGAUCAGGGGGUAUGGAGAGAAGGUAGGUACAGGAUACUGAGUUGUAUGAUCAGCCAUGAUCAUAUUGAAUGGCAGUGCAGGCUCAAAGGGCCGAAUGGCCUACUCCUGCACCUAUUUUCUAUGUUUCUAUGUUGAAUAACUCGUAGGCUUCUGGAGGUAAGCUCUAACAUUCAUUUAUAGAAUCACAGAAACCUACCAGUUGAAGGCUACUCUGCUCGGCAGUCAAUGCUACCAAAUAAUGGACGUAAGGUUAUUCCCACUCCCCAUCUCUUUGUUCAGAGUCCUGCUGGUUCAGCCCCUGGAGUAGCAAACUGGAUGCCUUCACACUUUCCACAUUGAACUCGAGCACCCACAGUCCUGUCCAUCAGAUGCACUGUUCACUGUGUCACCUCACUCAUCGACAAAACCAAAUGCAAGUGUGCAGCAAUCUGUUUGCUGAUCAUCAGCUGAAUCCUAUCUGAAGGAACGGGUCACACUCACAAUCACUACAUGGUCAAUAUGCUUUUGCUGGUAUUAAGCUAAGCCUUUAGUAGUUCCAUACAGACUAAAUGCAGAUUUACACUUUGAUUCAUAGCUGCUAUGGUUAUUUCUGCAUCUGAUCUGCUCAAAUGGAUCAUUUUAACGCAUUAUUUAAUAUUAUUAUUGUGAUAUUUGUUGUGUUUCUAAUAAAUAUCCUACAAACUUUACAA